AUGGAUCUCACCCGACGUCUCUAUAAAAUUGGGGAAGAGCUGGGCAGCGACGACCUGGCUGCCCUUAAGUUCCUAAGCCGGGACCACAUCCCAUAUAGGAAGCAGGAACCCAUCAACGAUGCCUGGAUGCUAUUCCAGAGGCUCCAAGAAAUGAGAAUGUUGGAGGAAAGCAAUCUGUCCUUCUUGAAGGAGCUGCUUUUCCGAGUGAAUAGACUGGAUCUGUUGCGUUACUACUUGAACACCAGUGAGGAGGAGAUGAAGAGGGAGCUUCACAUACCUGGCAGGGCCCAGAUCUCUGCCUACAGGAUCCUGCUUUACCAGAUUUCAGAAGAUGUGAACAAAGUGGAAUUGAAGGAGUUUAAGUUUUUUUUGAGCCAGGAGAUUGCCAAAUGUAAGCUGGAUGAUGACAUGACUUUGCUUGAUAUUUUCGUGGAGAUGGAGAAGAGGACCAUCCUAGGGAAAGAAAACUUGGACACCCUGAAAAGAAUCUGUGAGCAGGUCAACAAGAGCCUGCUGAAGAAAAUAAUUGAUUAUGAAGAAUUAAGAAAAGAGAGAAGAAUGAGCCUUGAAAGAGAUCCAGAUGAAUUUUCAAAUGAUAUGUCACAACUGCUUCCAGAGGAGGGCUCCUCUGAGAUGCUGGCCAUGUCAGACUCUCCAGGAGAACAGGACAGUGAGUUGCAGACAUCCGACACAGUUUACCGAAUGACAAGCAAACCUCGGGGAUACUGUUUGAUCUUUAACAAUUAUGAUUUUAGCAUAGCACGGAGGAAGGUGCCCGAACUUCAGAAACUAAAGGAUAGGAGUGGAACACACUUGGAUGCAGAGGCUUUGGACAAGACCUUUAGGGAACUUCAUUUUGAGAUAGUGCACUACAAAGACCAAACAGCAAAGGAAAUCUAUAAGGCUCUGGAAUUCUACCAGAAGAAGGACCAUGAAAACAGAGACUGCUUCAUCUGCUGCAUCCUCUCCCAUGGAAACCAGGGCAUCAUCUAUGGCACCGAUGGGCAAGAAGCCCCCAUCUAUGAGCUGACCUCUUUCUUCACUGGCUUAAAAUGCCCUUCCCUUGCUGGCAAACCCAAAAUAUUUUUUAUUCAGGCUUGCCAAGGGGAUGACUACCAGAGAGGUAUAGCUAUUGAGACCGACUCAGAAGUCUGUUUAGAAAUGGAUUCAGCACCUCGGAGGAGAUAUAUCCCAGAUGAGGCUGACUUUCUGCUGGGGAUGGCCACUGUGAACAACUGUGUCUCCUACCGAAGCAUCAGGGAAGGGACCUGGUAUAUCCAAUCGCUUUGCCAGAACCUGAGAAAGAGAUGUCCUAGGGGUGAAGACAUUCUCACCAUCCUAACCAAGGUGAACUUCGAAGUAAGCAAUAAGGAUGACAAGAGAAUUAUGGGCAAACAGAUGCCACAACCUACUUUCACACUGCGAAAAAAACUCUUCUUUCCUCUUAAUUGA